CGAACUUGCCGGCUCAAAAGUCAAAACUUUCUUCACGCCCAGUCUAGUACGGCGCCCCAAUCUAUGGGCCCCUUGUCAGAUCAUCUCCUAAACCAAGUAUCAAAUUUCAAACCAGACGACUUAUAUUUCUUCCCGGAAAUCCAUUAAAAGCCUCCCUCGAUGACCUGAAGGAAACUCUCGACACCAUUUUCCUCCGUACCAUAAAUAAGGCAUAAGAUCGCGUGACAAACGACAACUGUCCCGACGACCAAACGAAUAUACUUCAAUACCCAACAAAACCGGCAUGAUACCUCGUCAUGAACCCUCGCCAACGUCGUCCUCUCACCCUUCCCCGCCAUACCACUCCUCCCCUUCUCGUCUGGGAAAAAGACGGCGACCAUCUCCUCCACCUUCACCACCUCCGACGGGAGCAGAGCCGGGACUCGUGUCCAAAGGUUCUCGAUCCUACUCGUCACCCACACCGCCAGCUACUCGUACACGGUAUUCAUCUCCUGUACCUCGGACAAGAUCCACAGCUCAGUAUCCUACGUCAACCUCCCCUGCAACCCUGUCGGAGUCAGACGAGGGAGGUGCCACCCCCCUCCCCUCCGCCGGUGGAGGCUGGACAUAUCAUCUCGAGGUCAUCCAACAACCUAUCCGCGCACGCGCAUGUGGCUUCGGUGACAAGGAUCGACGACCCCUUUCACCGCCUCCUAUUAUCCGACUUUGGGUUCGCACCGCCACCGGAGAGACAGUCGAUCCAAAUCAUAUCAAUGUUCACUUCCUGAUCCUCACGGUAGACCUAUGGUCGGCGGAUCGUACCUCUCAAAGGAAUGUGGUCAUGCAUCCUGCGGCAAGUGGAGGAAAGGAAGAAUUCUCUUCAUAUCCUUCUGGGAUGGAACACCAUUUUCCCGUGGCUAGUUCUUCUCGGCCGAGUACUUCGUAUUCUCGACCUGACACAGGGUAUUCGACUUCAAGUUGGGCAGAGUUAGGUCCAUCGUCACGAGCACCAGCCUAUCCUACCGCUACUUCCCCCCUUCCCUCACCUUAUUCUCGCAUGACAGCAUCUGAUGGAUAUUUUCCUCAGUCAGCUCCACGCUCUCCAAUCUCAGCUCCAUGGGCUCCACUAACACCACCACAACCACCUACCCCAGUCCGUCGUUCAAGCUAUACUGGCCAACAGGCGUAUCACGUCCAAGAGCCUCAACGUCCCGUCACUGCACCAGCUCCGUCGGAUCCCACUCAUAGCUCUCACCAUCCUCCCCCUCGCAUGCUUCCUUUUCCAUUACCCUCUCUCGCCUCGAUCACAGAAAGGUUCGAGGGAUGGUCAAAACCUCAAACCCCGACCACCUUACCCGCCAUGCGCUAUCGUUCACAAGAAGAAACGUCGUAUCGGCCUUCCACCGGUACCACCGAAUCUCGAGCUCCUACAGAUUACUCUUUCGGUCGUCCUACUUCGAGCGGCACGUCUGCCACCUGGUAUUCUGAUCAACAGUACAAAGAUUCGACACCUAUGGAACAGAGACCAACAACAGCCGGUAGCGGUUGGGGCAGACCAUCAAGCUCAAGUUCAAGCGUGCGUUUUGUAGAUCGGCCAGGAUCUUCUCACGGCUACGCCUCAGAAUAUCCGGUGCCGGGGAUGGACAUGAGACAACGGGCAGAGUCACCUGUGGAUUCGGGGAGUUAUAGUCGGGUAUUGGUGGGAUCUUUAUGUACCAUCUGUCGAAGAUUGAAAGAUCCGGAUGGCAACUUUGGACUGUUCUUCUUUGCUCACGAUUUGGGGGUCAGGACAGAGGGAACAUUUACACUCAAAUUUUCAUUGUCCAACUUGGCUGCGAUGUUGGUAGGGGUACCGUCUGCUGGUCAACAAACACAUGUGCUGGCGGAAGUCUUCAGUACUCCGUUCACGGUAUUCUCGGCAAAGAAAUUCCCAGGGGUCAUACCCACUACCGACCUUACCCGGUUAUUUGCCGGUCAAAAUGUCCGUCUACCCACUCGACAAAAGCGGGCGAUCGAAGGUGGAGACGAUUCCAUCGAAGGGGAAGAUGACGAUUGAUAGACUCAUAAAUUCACUCUUACACUACUGCACAUUGACAUAUAACAACAUUACACGACGGAAGGAUAUUGUAAGGGUGGUUGUGUCUGUGAACGAAAGUAUAUACUAAAUCACCAUAUAAAGAGUUAGUCUAUUAUACACUACAGUAACUAGUAAGAAGAUAGUUUGAGGGAAUGACAUGAUCUUGUCUUGUG